UCCAGACGAAUAUUCCUCAAACCUGCGCAUAUAAAGCAAAUGUCUGUUGAUGAUCCUUUGGUAAAUGGCGUUCCGCUCUCCACUUUGAGAGUCGUAGAUUUGAAAGAUGAGCUGGAUAAACGUGGUCUAUCAAAACUUGGAAACAAAUCCGUUCUUCUGGAAAGGUUGAAAGAAUAUAUAUGCGAAAACGAACUACAAAAUUGCGUUGAGAAACCUGAAUCGCCAAAGAAAAGUCCUCCGCCGAAAGUGGCUUCCCCGGAAAAUCCUCUAGUCGCAGCUUACCUCGCUAGACAAGCUGAAGCUUUGGAAAGACAGAAAAAAGAUGCGGAACGAGUCCGCAGUUCAAGUGCGAGUGAAGUCGAUGAAGAAGGCCAUUCGGAAGAACCAGAAAAGAAACCUACGGCAACAGAAGCUCCAGCCGCAAAAGAAGUGUCGCAAGAAAAAGAAGCUCCCUCCGAAAAGCCAACGAAGACUCCCCGAAAACGCCAUCACCAUUCCGAGUCUGCAACGCUGCCUGAGAAGGAGCCUUCUCCGGAAAAGGAAGCUGCACCAGAGAAAGCUUCUAGAACUUCUCGUAAGCAAGAAGCGCCUCCCGAAUCGAAUGAACAGGAGGAACCGAUGAAGAAGAAGGCAGCAAAGGAGGAAGAGGUUAUGAAGAAGAAGACAGUUAGAGAGGAAGAAGCUGCAGCACCAACUAAGGACAUAGUUGAGACAACCGCAAAAGACAUAGCUGAGAAAGUUGCGGAACCUCUUCCGAAGACGAAAGCUCCUUCUCCCGUGCCUGAGGAAGCACCACAAGAAUCUCCAUCUAGCCCCGACCAAGAGGAGGAGCAUGGCAGAGAAGAAAGUCCUGCGCGUGAGGAACCUAUGGAAGAGACUAAAGAAGAGGAAAAGGCGGAAGAAAAGCAAAAGUCCGUAGAACCUGCAACUACUCGUGAACCUGAACCGGUGGAGGAUAAACUGUCGGAAGAAGUUGAUGAGACAACUCAGCAAUCACAAGAAAGUGUAGAAGUGAAAGAAAAUGAGGCAGAAAAGCAAAAACCUGCUGAAGAGCAAAAAGAGGAGAAGAUGGAAGAGGAAUCUAGGGCAUCAUCUGUAUCGAAACACGCAGAAGAAAAUGGAGGUAGCACUGCUGGCGAUCAUCUGGAGGAGCUGGACUAUGGAGAAGCAGAGGUUGAGGCUGAACCGGAUACUGACGAUAAAGAAACAAAGGAUGAGGUACUGGAACUUGAUGAAGCAGAAGAACGUGAAUUACAAAAACAGAAAAGACAUAUUGAAGUGACUAAAGAAUCUCAAGCAGAACACAAGGAAGAGAAGAAACGAAAAAUUUCUCCAUCGAGACAUCCAGAAUCUGACAUAGUUCACAUUCGUGGGUUGACUCGUCCAUUCACAGAUCGUGCGCUGAAAGCGGAGAUCUUGAAAACUGGUGGACAAAUUGUCGAUUUUUGGAUUGAUAGCGUGAAAAGUCACUGUAUUGUUCAGAUGCAAUCUAUUGACCAAGCUCGCGAAGUUAGAUAUGCAAUGCAUAACAUUCAAUGGCCAGCGGCUAAUCCUAAAACGUUAUCCGUGCAAUUUGAUACCAAGGAAAAUAUGGAGCGACACCGCAAUGGACUAAGCUCUUCAGCGACGUCGGCUACUCCUGCGCCUGCUACUCGCAGUGAAAGAAAGCACUCAGAUCGUGAAAGACCAGUGAUUGGCAUGCUUCCUGGAAGAAACCCUAGCCUGAAAAUUACGGUAGAGGCAGCGAUGCGUGAAAAUGAAAAACGUGAGGAGCACAAAGAGAAAGAAAGGAGAGAACGUGCAAAGGCUGAGAAAGAGUCUGAAACGAAAACAGAGAAAGAUGAAAAGAAGGAGAAGCCGAAGGAAGAACGACAUCACGACGACAAACAUUCCGUAGUGAGUGAGACGUCUUUGAAGAAAGACGAGCAUGACAGAAAGCGUCACCGUUCUGAAACGCCACCGUUCAGCAGAGCAGUGAUAGAAAAGAAAGAACGACGCGAUUCAUAUCAGAGGCAUGAUCGUGAGCAUGAUCGCGAACGUGAACGAGAUCGUUAUGACCGAAGACGUGAUGAUGAUCGAAUUAGACAUCGUGACGAACGCGAAGAAGAGAAAGAAAGGGAAGAAAAACCUGUAAAAACAGCUGAUUCAUUAUUCAUGAAGACGAAGACGUUACCAGCUAUAUACUUCUUGCCGUUGACUGAUGAGGAGGCAGCACAGCGACAAGAAAGGCUGCUGGAGGAGAAGAAAAAGCGCGAGCAAAAAGAACAGGAACCGCGACGAGCCUAUACCUAUGGAGCAUCCACGGAUUUAUCCGAUGUCCGUUCAUCACCGAUAGCCCCCGCAUGGGCGGGAGUGUAUACGUAA